AGGGCACGUCCCUCCCUCUGCGGCGGCGCUGACCAUGAACAUGGAGCCGGCCACCGGAAAAAGGCCUAGAACCACCGUCCGGAGCCGUGGAAGACGAACAAGUAUUGCUGACCGCAUCAGCGAUCUCCCUGAUGUCAUCCUCGGUGAGAUCAUCUCCCUUCUUUCCAUCAAGGACGCCGCUCGCACCCAAGCCCUCGCGUCUCGGUGGCGCCAUCUAUGGCGCACCGCCUCUCUUAACCUCGACUUCCGCGGCCUCCCUGCCAAUCAUAAUGGUGUCCUCCUCGACAUCAUCCUCGCCGCCCACGAGGGACUAGUUCACCGUCUCUGCCUCCCGGCGCGCUACCUCUCAGAUCAAGCUGCUGCCAUGGAAGCCUGGAUCCAAUCCCCUGCCCUGGAUAAGCUCCAGGAGCUCGACUUCUACCUAUUAGGGCUGCCAAAUACAUGUGUAGAUCUGCAAUCGCCACCGGCGUCCAUCUUCCGAUUCUCGUCCACUCUCCGCGUGGCCACCAUCAGCAUGUGCUCUCUCCUCGACUAUCCGGUUGAAACACUCCGCUUUCCUCAGCUCAGGAAGUUUGCACUAGUGGCAGUCAACAUCUCGGAGGACUCUUUGUGCCACGUUAUCAACACAUGCUGCCCUGCACUAGAGUGCUUGCUGUUGAGAACCAAUUUUAACGUUCAUGGUGUCAGGAUCAACUCCCCUACCCUUAAAAGUGUAGGCAUUCAUGCGAGCGUUGCAGAACUCACCAUUGAGAAUGCCCCUUCACUUGAAAGGUUGCUCUGCUUGAAAAUGCAUAUGAAAAUGAGAGUGUCAGUAGUCUCCGCGCCCAGACUGGAGACCUUGGGUUACAUUUCCCACCAUGAAUGGGGCUCCAAAAUCAUGUAUGGCUCCACAGUUAUCGAGGGUUUGCGCGUUGAUAGCCUGACAACUAUGGUGCGUACUGUCAAGAUCUUAGCUAUCCAUAUGAAUUCAAAUCUGGACAUGGUUAUUGACUUGAUGAGAUGUUUUCCGUGCUUGAAGAAGUUGUAUAUAAAGAUUCACAAAAAAGCACCUACGGGGACAAAUUGCUGGCGUCGCAAACACCGAAAUUUUCUCACAUCUCAUGACAUUUGUUUGCAGACCAUAGUGUUGGGAUAUUAUAAAGGCUUCCAGGCACAAGUUGACUUUGUUACAUUCUUUGUACUGAAUGCGAGAUCACUAGAGUCCAUUCAACUUGUGGUUGAUUCCAGGAAUUACAGCCGCGAAUUUGUCUCAGGACAACGUGAGAAGCUUCAGAUAGAGAAGAGAGCUUCUAGAGGUGCCCGGCUUAGUUUUACGACGGAUAGUUGCCAUGAUGUUUCGAGUAUCGUCGAUCUCAGUGAUUUGGAUUUGGCCGAUCCCUUUGCUUGUAGAUGUUGAAAGUGGGUCUGGCCCCUGGUGGAGCUAUUCUCUCAUAUCUCAUUCAGUGUUUUUGGCCAAACUUGUCUAGUUUUAUCAGAUAUGUACACUUUCCAACCUUGCGUUAUCUCUAAACUUUAUGUUAAUUGUAAACACAAACAAUUCAGGACCAAACAA